CUUCUUUCCGUUACUCCGUCGUCGUUAGGUUUCUCUUCCGUUGACGGAGACAAAUUUCUACGGCGCCGAAUGUGGUCUUACCGACGAGAAAAACCCUAAUUUCCAAAGGAUUCGCAAUCUAUUUAGAAAAAUUUCCCGAGCAAUGAGCUUAGAGAGAAGAACACACGACGAAGGCGAAAGAAAGGAUCCAUCUUCCUCCUCCUCCUCCGACUCGUACGAGUUCACUCACGCCGCCUCCAAAUCCGCAGUAGCUCAAAUCUGCGAAACCGUCGGCUACAAUCACUCCAAAGACCCCCCGCUCGAAUCCCUAACCGGAUUCGCGAUCCAAUACAUUCUCCAGCUAGGUAAAUCCGCUACUUCCUUCGCUAACCUAAACGGUAGAAGUCAGUGUAACGUCUUCGACAUCGUCCUCGCUCUAGAAGACUUAUCCUGUAAUAAUAAUGUAGACGAGGAAAGAGUCUCUCUUGAUAGCUGUUCCGCUCUCCGUUCCGUUAAGCUUAGAGAAAUUAUCAAUUUUGUGAAAUUAAGUGAUGAAGAAGAAGAAGAAGGGGCUUUUAUACAGACAUUGCCUCGUUUCCCUGUGAGUGAUAAUAAGGUGAAGGGGAAGAUGGUGGUUCCUAGUUUCGUUGAGAUUGGUGAGACUCCACCUGGAAAGCAUAUUCCUUUAUGGCUCCCGGCUUUUCCUGAUCCCCAUACGUAUAAGGAGACACCUAUGUGGGUUGAGAGGGGGUUAGAUCCGAGGGGAGAUAAGAUUGAGCAGGCGAGGCAGAGGAGGAAGGCUGAGAGAGCUUUGUUGAGUCUUCAGAGGAAGCUUGUUUGUAGAAUCUCUUCGGGUGGUGAUCGUGUGUGGGGAGAUAUGGACGGUGGUGUUAAGGGAGAGAUUAGAGAAGAUGAGAGUGAAGUGACUGAGGAGGAGAGAAACGGAGAUGGUUUAUCAGUGGUGGAGGCGUUUGCUCCUGUCUUGGAGGCUGCAAGAGAUGGGGGUUUCAGUGAAGUUGAUGCUGAGUGGAAGGAGAAGAAGCCUGUUGCUCUUUCUAAGCUUAGAACUGUGAAGAAGUUUCUUGGAGAGCCGUUGGAUCUGACUCUGCAGAUGAAGGGUGAAGAUAGAGCUAUGUCGUUGCGUGAGGAAGAUAGGGAUGAUAAAAGGAGGAGGGCAGAGUUUAUUUUGAGACAGUGUAUGGAGAAUCCAGUAGACCUCAAUCAGUUGUAAAAUAAGUGAUUCAGUUACAGGCUCUGUAGGGUAGUUCUCUGAUUCAGUUACAGUCUCUGUAGUAGUGUAGUUGUUCUCCAAAAUGUUCGGUAAAAGAUUGUGAUUUUGUAGCCUUUUUUCGCUUUACAGGAUUAUGUUAUGAUUACGACUUUUGCUACUGAAAAUGGAAUGAGAGUUUCUA